GCACUGCUCACUAAGAUCUUACAGCUGUAUUUCAGUGAGUGUGAGCCUAAAGUACUUUGAACAACGACUACAGUAUGCUACACGCCUAAUUUACACAUAUUUUAUAAAUAAAAUAAGUCCAAAAAGAAUUCGGGACAGGAAUGGAAGGCGGACAAUCGCCCCUACGUGGGAACGUUACUUCAUUGGGUGGAAUACAGUAACUUUGUCCCGGCUACACCGGUAGUCGAAUGCACCCACGUCGGGGCCUCGGGAGGAGAGGGGUUGUGCCAGAGAGAUCAGCUUGCUCUAAAAUCCGGACAAUAUAGAUCAAUUACAAGGAAAACAAUCUACCACUUGAAACUACGACUAAUUUAAACGCAAGAUGUGUGUGGAAGCUACACGCAGCAGUCCUAUCUCGGCUAGCGUGGUUAUGGGUGCGUAAACACAACUGAAAGUUGCAGUAUUUCGGUGAGUAAACGCUCGUAUUUGCCGUGCUGCGUUACAACCAGGCAGCAUAACCACGGCCACACCCUCUUCUGCUUCCUGAUACAGAAGAUGUAGCGGGAACAUAUAACCGACUCCCAAUGAAGAAUCACGACCACUUAUCUCUUAAGGAGUUUCAAAGUCAACAUCAGAGGUAAAAGUUGUGAGUUGUACUUCAAAAACGGCAGCUUUUCGAUCGGAAUACGACUCUUGAUAUGGAUAUCAAAACCGAAACCCGACGCCACGAACGCCGGACUAGAUCAUGCCCAGCUUUUUACUAAACAGUGCUUAUGGACAGUAGAAAUGUACAUAGACUUGUACCUGGAGAAGGAACUAUUUUAUAUUCCGGGACCGUGCAUGAAAAAGAAACGAUUGAAAGCCGUGAGAGGUUCGCCGCAAUUGGCCUGUUGCUCUUGCACUGGAGGCUUUUAUUUUGGAAGAUUAAUGGAAUGAUGGUGCAGGAAAAGCACUGCGAUCCUGGUGAGGUCAAUCGGAACUGCUCUGGUGGUGGUCGUGUUAUAAGAGGCAUGAAACUGCCUCACUGUCACUUUAGGGUGGUCAAACGGAUUUUGAACAGAUCAACUUAUAAUACAGUGCACAGAAGCCCUGCUGCUCUUGUGCAAGCAGGUAUUUUAAAUUCAGACCUGCUCGACUCAAAGUAAACGAAGGGACACUUGGCUGAUUAACUCAAAGGUUGUACCUAACUCAAACAGACUUUACUAAUACUGUUUAUUUUGGUAGCUGCAUAGUAUACAAAUAUUUUUGUAUGAUUGUUUUGUUCAGUCUGCACUUCGCCUACACAGAGGCAACCCGGUGGCACUGCAGUUUUUUUGGUUUUAUAUUGUGUGUGUUAUUGUUUGGACCAGUAUAUAUCAAUUCAUAGCUUAUUAAUGCUACAAAAUACAACCUGUGAAUUUUUUUAGACAGCUGUGGGCUAUGUUGGCAAACUUGGCAUAUAUUGAGUGAGACAGCAGGGGCAUUUAACCAGGUUAAUAUUAAUUAGAUAAAGCACAGAAGAAGAAGAAGAAGAAGAAGAAAGAAAUCCAGAGUAACAACGAAGGGAAGAUCAGAUGCAGCUGCUGGGUUAUUGAUAACCCUUUUUUUUUUGUGACAGGCAUAACAUUGCUACUUUUUCUUCUAGGUGAAACAUAAUAAACAUGAGUUAAAUAUGUGGCUGUCAUACUCGGUUUAGAUCAGAACUUUUUGAAAGGAGUACUGUAUGACAAUUCCCACUCCCCUGCUGUUUACAAAUUGAAACCUUAUUAGAAAACUACUGCAUGGUAGUUAUCCAUUCUGCUUCAGUUUUAAGCAAAUGUUUACUUUAAAUAACUCGAUGUCCUGUGCUUUUUCAAAUUUGCAAUUAACAGUGGAUACACUUAAAUGCAUACUUUCUGAAGGACUAUAAGGAAGUCUUUGGCCAGUUUCAACUCAGUGUUUGUUUUUGAGUACAUGAGGAUUUUGGCACAAUAAUGUCUUAAGUUACAAUCCCUUACACGGGAGUGUAUGGUUUAAUCCCUUUUUUGUGGAAGAAAAGAAAGAAACCGAAAAUCAGCUUGACCACCCUACUAUGGCUAGUAGUGGCUCGGGGAAGUCAGCUAGUGAGGGAUCUACCAGUGUUCUGAGCGGCAGCUUACAGCAGAGGAAAAAGCUCUCGUCCAUCUGUGACGCAUGCAAGGCCAAGAUGCAGCUGGUUGCUGACCUGCUGCUGCUGUCCAGCGAGACCAGGCCGGUGGUCGGUGCUGAAGGGCCGCCGGUGGCUGAGACAUUCGAGGCCUGCCGGGACACAGUCAUCGCCCGGACCAAGGAGCUGUCCAUCCUGACGCACGACAUCCAGAGCCAGCUCAACAUGGGCAAGUUCACGGAGGUCGGGGACCGGCUCCUGGAAAUGGGCGACCUGGUGAUCUCUCUGACCGAGUGCUCGGCACACGCUGCGUACCUGGCGGCCGUGGAGACCCCGGGCUCCCAGCCCUCCCUCCCGGGCCUGGUGGACCGCUAUAAGGUGACCCGCUGCAGGCACGAAGUGGACCAGAGCUGCGGGGCGCUCAAGGUCACGGCCCUGGCAGACCUGAGCCCCCAGCUCCUCCUGGAGGUGUCGCAGAACAUCUCCCGGAACCUGAAGACCCUGACGGACGCCUCCGUCCUGGCUAGCGAGAAGUCAAAGGACAAGUUUGCCAAGGAGCAGUUCAAGCUGGGCGUGAAGUGCAUGAGCACUAGUGCCACUGCUCUUCUGGCUUGCGUGAAGGAGCUGAAGACCUCUCCCAGCGAACUGACCCGGAACCGGUGUGUCCUCUUCAGUGGGCCCCUGGUGCAUUCGGUGCACGCUUUGGUGGGCUUCGCCACUGAGCCUCAGUUUUUGGGCAAAGCGGCCGCCAUCAACCCCGAGGGGAAGACGGUGCAGACGGCCAUUCUGGGCGGGGCCAUGAGCGUGGUCUCCGCCUGUGUCCUCCUGACCCAGGGCCUCAGGGACAUUUCCCAACAACCGGAAAACAGCACCAAGAUGCCGGACUACCGGGAGCGCCUGCGGAACUCAGCCUGCGCUGUCUCGGAGGGAUGCUGUUUGCUCUCUCAGGCACUAAGGGAAAGAUCUUCACCCAGGACUUUACCGCCAGUCAACUCUCAUUCUGUGAAUUAAAACCUUUUUAAAACGAUCUCCCGGCAAGUUUUUUGUACCAAAGAAUUUGAUUGAACUGACCCUUUACAGUAGUAAAGCCAGUGCAAUGAGCUGCGGCGGAGGUUAGCUGGUGACGGGGGUUGGUUUGCGCUCUUAACCGAUAUGAGACACAAGGUCUUCUCACGCUGGAUGUGAUUGAAGUCUUACUAAAACAGCCAAACUUAACAACUCAGUCCUAAUCAGCAUUCACUGUUAGCCCCCCCCCUCCCCUCUUUGCAAGGAAGUAACGAAUUAAACCAGAAAAGUUUACCUCAGUUUUCAGCCAUUUGAAAACAACUGAUGGAUGUAGCCUCACGCGUGUGACAUUUGAGCUGGUGAUCUAUAGAAGUAAAUGAGCUGUGUAAAAGUGGGAAGAGUGGCAGUGUUUGUUUUCCAUGUGUGAAUUUUAAUGGGUAAAAGCUGCUGUGAGUGUGUGCUAUAGAUUUUACACUAUUACAGAAUUACUAGUACUUUCAAUGUGUUUUGAUCAUGCAUGUACUGGAGUAUUUAUUUCAACUAUUAAAAUGUUGUUUCUCAUA